AAACAAAACAGAUCGGACCGUCCAUCUAAAACACGAAAUGUGAAUCCCAUGCCCUGCGCCUCAUUGAAACCGUCUUCAAAGCAACAUCCGAAGAAAAGACCAACGUAUCAACUUAAAUAAAGGGGCCAAAGAGACUACUGCGCACGCCCGACGUCCAAUCUCACGUCCAGUCACGUUCAGGCUACCGUCCAGUCGCAGGAGCCAUUGACAAUCUACCCUGACCCUGACUCUGUCCACCCUGCUGACUACCCUGUCCCUGUUGACUCUGCUGCGAACUACCACCCUGGCUACCCUGACCCGGUUGACUACCAUGGACAGAUUGGACAGAGUGGCCGCCCUGACCACCCUGGACCUGCCGACGAAUAUAAUCACGAUUCUCAACGGCAACGCUCUUGGUCAUGUGAUUAACUUUAUACACGCCGACGAGGCGCGCCGCGAGCUCGAACAUGUUGUUGCGGAGCGAAAUGACGAUGAAUUGGGCGUUUUUGGUGCGUUCUUUGAUGUAACCUGCCACGAUGGAGACCUAUUGGAUUGUCAGUUAGUGUACAUUGUGCGUACAAUUGUUGAAGCAGUAACACGACAUCAAAGAGUAUGCGACGUUUUUUUACGCUGGUCAUGUCGAGUUGAAACGACGGGAAAAGAUGGCAUAACACGGGAAAAAGACGAUGUAAACAACGGGGGAAAACAUGAUGAAAGAAAAGAGACAAGGGAAUCAAACCAAACGGAACGAAAAGGUAAAAGCAAAAGCAAAAGCCAAUGAGGACAAGAGUCGAAUGAAAAGAGGACGAAGCGAAUGAAUGGAGAGACUGAUAGGGACAGUGAACAAACAGAGAAACUG